UCAAUCCUGGUGUGAGUGGAUAAUAACAAUCUGACUGGAUGUGCAGCUUGUGCCUAACCGUAGUUACUGUUACGCCCUGAGGCUGUUUCCUGGGUUUAACAAUAGGUGGGCGAGCGGAAAUGUGGUUUAUAAGUGGGUUGACUGACCUCACAGACUAACAAAGCAGGAGAAAAUGGCGGCCACACCGUCGAGUUUGGGGGAACAAAUCUGUGAAGAACUGUCCUGCAGCAUCUGCCUGGAGCUGUUCACCAGGCCCAAGGUGCUGCCCUGUCAGCACACCUUCUGUCAGGACUGUCUACAGGACAUUACUGGGCGUAAACUGUACGUGAAGUGCCCAAACUGUCGUCGGCAGGUCAGGCUGCCAAACCAGGGGGUCGCAGGUUUGCCUGAUUGCCAUAUUGUGGCAAAUAUGUGCGACAAACUACAACAGCAGUCGACACUAGUACCAAGGGAAGAACGCCAGUCUGGAAACAGGUGCAGCUUUCACCCCUGUGAGGUACCGAAACUUUACUGUAAUCAGUGCAACAAACCAGUUUGUACCGAGUGUUUGGAUGAAGUGCACAACAGUCACAACACGAUAACCCUGAAAAAGGCCUUGAGGGAAAGGAAGGAACCGGUUCAAGAACUCAUCACUGAGGGGAGGAAUAUCUUAGAGACCUACGUCAGUUUUCUUAAAAAUCUGAAGGAGAAAGAAAAAACACUGGAUAGGCAGAAACAAGAGACAGACAAUAGCAUCAUUCAGGCCUACAACCAAGAAGUGCAGAAAGUUGCGGAGAAGAAAGACCAUCUUCUGUUUCAAGAGGAAGAAAAGUACAAGAAAAAGAAAGAAGCAGUUCAAAAGGAAAGGAAUAGAAUGUUGGCAGAUGUGAGUGAACUGUCUGCUGCCUGUGAUCGAGCGGAAAAAAGACUGAAGAAGGGAGGGCUAGAGUUUCUAAGUCAGGAAACCAUUCUAACAGAGGUGGUAGGAAAGUACAGAGGAAAACCAGCACCUGUACCUGUGAGUCCUGUACAAAUCCUGCCCACUGUCUUUCAACCCACAAACACCCUAGCUAUGGGGACUGUUGCAGGGAUUCUCUUGCUUGCAGUGUUGUUAUACAGCCCGUUGUAUGGGUUACAUCAUGGGCUAUAUAAUAAGACUGCAAGCAUAUCAACAGUCAGUACGGCUACCUCCGGACCGUUGUUGGGACAAGUUAUAGUCCAGUCUUUCCCUGAAACAGUAACUUUUGGUGGAGAGGGAUCAGGAACGGGACAAUUCAUUUAUCCAUGUGGUGUGGUGGUGUCAGAUGAAGGGGAGAUCUUUGUAGCAGACAGGGGGAACCAGAGAAUCCAAGUCUUCACCCUGCAGGGAACAUUUGUCCGACAGUUCCCAACAGUCAUGUCAGGUAGACAGAAGAUGAUCCCACACGAUAUAGCCAGAGAUGGGGAGGGGAACCUGUGGGUGGUGGGGAACACAGAGUCUGCUGAGUGUGCAGUGCAGUACAACAAACAGGGCAGGGUGCUGAGGAUGUUUGACCUACAGAAGUCAUGGCGGUACAGAGGAGUUGCCGUGGACACCAGGAGGAACCACAUCCUCAUCACACAAACCACAAGCGAUGAAGUCAACGAAGACAACAGUGAUGGAGACAAUGAGGAAAGCACAGAAGUUCUGGUGUUCAGGCCAGAUGGGACACUUGUGAGAACUGUGGGUCAGCAGCAGGGGAUGGGGUACCCAGGGCACGUGGCUGUGGACGGGGAAGGGAACAUUUUUGUGUCAGACUGGUACAGUUACUGCGUAUUUAUGUACAACAAGGAUGGACAGUUUCUGUUCCGGUUUGGAGCCGAGAAAAAUGAUAACGGUCACCUAUGGCAUCCCCGCGGCAUCUGUACAGACAGGGCAGGUAACGUCAUCUUGGCAGACACUUUGAACCACCGUGUGGUGAUGUUUGACCAGACAGGCAGAGGCCUUAUGCGCAAUGAGUCUACAGACAUGUGGCCGUGGGGUGUAGCCGUCGGGCCACAGGGGCAGCUGGUGGUCACGGACUUUGUCAAAGGUGCUGUCCACAUCAUCCACUCCUACUGAACAGCAGGGGUCUCGGGGGUGGACAAGUUUUCUAAAAUUCAGUAGUCCUAUUGGGCAAGUACAUAAAAUAUUCACUGGCCCGUACCAACUAUGCACUUACCGUAAAUUUAAUUGACAUUUUUCUUAGUAUAUAUUUUCAUUUCCUGCAAUGGAAUUCCUUAUCAUUGGCUCAAUUUUUCUGUGUUCACCAUGUUGCUUGAUGCCAUGCACAGCAAGGAUAUCAACAUCUCACUCAUGGAAAAAUCUUCCUUGCUUGUCGGAUAAUGUCAUGAGCUUGCCCGGUUGGCACUUUUACAGUUGAAGUUGCCUGGGACUAUCAGCUAGACUAGUGGACUUGUACAUUUUUUGUACAACCCUGGGUUGCGUGGCAUAACUGCAGGGUGUUUGGCCCAGAAGUCAGAGGUCCUGGGUUCAGAGCCUGUCAUGCUACGGACUGUUUAUGACUUUCCUCACUCCUCCCAGGUGUAGAAAUGGGUACGUCAUGACAUUGGUUGGGGAGGUAAAAGGUGGUAGGACUAGGAGGAGAGGGAUUUGUACAGUGUCUCCCGAAACUGCACAAUUGAUAACAUUACUCACUGCCUAUAGAGCCUCAAAAAAGGCAACAAGACUUCCUUUACCUUACUUUAUUGAACGGCAACACAACACCAACAAGGGAAUGUUAAUCUAUAAUCUAGGUAUCUAUAAAUUAUAAUAAUUAAAGUAAUUAAGUAAUUAUUAAGCAUUCUCUGUUUACUAAAUGUCAGUACUUAAUGUACUAAGUCAUGCCAUGUGAUUUUCCAGGUCUACAGAUUGUGAUAUAUGGUGUAAAUUUGUAACCAUUAUUGUUUCUAUAUGGUAAGCUAAUGCUAGUGUUUUUUAUGUAACAUGUAUUGUUCUCUUCCAAGGUUAGCCCUUGGUAAUAGCCUAUGGCUAGUUGGACAGCUCUAGCUGUUUGUAAACAGCUGACCAAAUAAAAUAAGUAUUUAUA